AUGGAAAAUUGCGACAAAACUUUGUGCGAAAUCAGAGCCUUUAGGGAUAUAACGAAGGCACAGUGCAAAAAAACAUGCGACCACUGCGACGACGAGACAAUCACCACUAAUCCACCAACCACUGAGAUACCAGCUACCACUUCUCAAAAUGGAGUUGGAACCGACACUUCCAUUCACUCCAACACGAUUCUCGUCGCGACCCCCGUAAUCAACAACGCUAAGGAGGAGUACAAGCAAGACAUCAAGAAUCUGUAUGAACUUGAAUCCCUCGGCAUCAAAGUUGACAAAGACAGCGAUGAAGAAGCCGUUCUACAAUUUAUGGAAAAAUAUAGAAGUACGAUCUCGAUUGGAAACGGUAGAAUCACAGCCGGAUUUCCGUUCCUGGACAACGUCUCCAAGCUGAAAAAGAAGUUCAAUGUUGCAGUCAAACGCCUUCAAACGUCGAUUCGCCUCUUGCAGAACGACUCAGAAAAGAUGAGCUUGUAG